CACUGCUGCCACUGCUGCCACUGCUGCCACUGCGCUGGGCGGAAGAAAACCCUGCCGGGGCUCAUUUCUAGGCGGGCACUCAUUCCUAGGCGGGGUCGCCUGUGCCGGAUUUGUUUUGGUGUUUCCCUUCGCGGGCAGACGACCCGCCAGCCAAAACAAACAUCAAACUGCUGUUAAACAGCCGAGAGCCGCUAAACAGCUGAGAGCGGCAAUCUUCAGCCUGAUCUGGUCAGAUAGCAGUGCUGAGUAGAGCGAUGGCUACGAUCACAGCUCAGAAGAGGCUGACAAAGGAGUACAAGGCGCUUUCUGAUGAGCCUACUCCUUAUAUCUACGCCCGCCCUGAUGAACAGAACAUCCUGGAAUGGCACUACAUCAUAACAGGGCCACCAGGAACCCCGUACGAGGGCGGCCAGUACCAUGGGAUGCUGAUAUUCCCCCCGACGUAUCCAUUCAAACCCCCUGGUAUCACGAUGAUCACGCCAAACGGCAGAUUCCAGACGAACAAGCGAUUAUGUCUCACGAUCAGCGACUAUCAUCCUGAAUCGUGGAACCCGGCCUGGUCUGUUGGCACGAUCUUGGUUGGCUUGUUGAGCUUUAUGACUGGGAAUGAGGGCACAACUGGCACCAUCAAGAAUACAGAAAAGCAGAAGAUUGCCCUUGCCAGCCAGAGUAAAACGUGGAAUGCAACGAAGAAUACCAAAUUCAUGAAGAUAUUAGCCGACUUUGCAUACAAAGACUCCGUGGAGGAGAAAUCGGUGAAGGAGCUGGAAGAAGCUCGUCAGAAGAGACGGAAUGAUCUCAAGAGGAAACUGGAAUGCCUCAGUGCGGGAGACAGCGGCUGUAAGGCUCUUGAUACAAACAACUCUGUCUCUAUGACCAGCGUAGACAAGCUGAGCGCUGGGGGAUUGGUGGACGUCAUAGACAUCAGCGAUGAGGAAGGCUCGCUGAGGAAAAUCAAGUGUACAGAAAAUGCGACGAUCAUCGACACAGUCGACUUGGACGCUGAAGACGAUGUCGUAGAGAGCCCGAAACAUGGAGGCCACUCUGAGUUUGAAGACGAUUUCUAUGACGAUUUCGAGGUGAGUGACGCUGAAAGCUUCAUCAACGAUGUUGAUGCCGAUAACGAACAUGAUAGUGCUGCCGAAGUCGUCAAUGAUUCAAUAAAAGAACCCCAAGGGAGCACUGGAUGCGAUUCUGUCAUCGUAUUGGACUGA